AAAAAACAAAAAACUUUCGUACCUGCGGAUGCGCUACCUGAAUGUUACUCGUUGUAUUUCGAAUCGAGCUAAUUCUCGAGCCCCUAAAAAAAGUAGCCUGAAAUUGGUCUACGUACGCCGCUUGGGUACAUUGCACGCGAAAAGGUGGCUCCAGACUUCUGCAAGGGUUACAGUUGGUGCGGAGAGGCUUCGAGUUGUGCAAUCGUAAAGGGAAGGAGGGGAUUCGGCGCUGGUGCCGCGGGGACAGGGAGGUUCGCUCGGUUCUUGAAAAAGGGGUAGAGAGAAGUACAGAAGCUGAAGAAGUGGCGAAGGGGCGACGGGUGGGGGGGAGCUCGUAGACCAAAGAGAACUGUUCUACAAUAGAAGAGGAAGAAGCUCAGAGUUGAGCGAGUUUACCUACAGAAGAAAUAAGUGCGCCAGUGUAAUGCUGAUGGGGAAUGGGGGAGCGGAGACGACGAAGAAGCGAGUACCUACCUACCUACCUUACUCUUGGGCUCUCGCUCUCCACCCAAGUUCUAUGUAGGUGAGACGGGCUGGAAAAGGGGGUGGGAAAGACAGAGCUAGCGAGAAUAAGAGAGUAAGUGAGAGAAUAAAGGCGAGGACGCUAUCGAUUCGUACUCCAAGAGGGGUGCUGAGGAUAAGGAGGAGGAGGAGGUGAAGAAGGAGGAAGAGGAGUGUACGGCGACAUUCUUCGUCGUGGCACGUAUACACGAGUCUCCUUCUGGUUCUCUCUCUCUCUCUCUCUCUCUCUCUCUGUGUCUCUCUCCGGGGCUGUUCGCAGUUGGCGACAGAGACAGCUAAAAGAGAUUUGGCGUGUACAUAUACAGUUGAUGCAGUAGGAGAAAGAGAUGGAGCAGCGCGAGAAGAGAAGAAGACUCUGCUCCGGGAAGGGCAUCGCGGUGUGCAAGAGGGGAAGGGGGAGGAGGGACCGCUGGGAACACACGUCGACAGGCGAGAGAGCCGAGAGAUGAGAGAAGAGCGAAGCAAGGAAGAGAAGUCGCGGAUACAUAAAGGAAAAAGAAGAAAUCCCCCACCUGGGGCUAAAGUUGCUCUCGACGCGAGCAGAACGCGCGCAGAACACACUGUUCUCUCUUAACGAAAGAGGCUUCUAUAUAUCCUCGCGGUUCUCUCACUCUCGUGCCAGUUCGCCAGUCGUACUGCCUCUCCGCCUUUUCCAAUUGUAUAUAGCCGUGUCGUUUGCUCGUGAGACGCCGAGUUCUGGAGGUGGAUCGCCGGAGGGAGAGGGAACGCGGGCGGGAGGGCGCUCGUGGGAGUGCGUCGGUGGAAGGAUUGCUGGGACUCCGGCUCGCGAUCCACUGUCCCGGUGGUGGUGCUGGUGGUGGUGGAAUCACGAGAGAAUCGUGCCUUCGUGCGAUGUACGAAUGUGUAUUCCCCACUCCAAUUUAUUCCUUUUCAACGCUGGUAGGGAGUUACCGUGGGCGUGUCACUCGCCGACCGCUCGGCCAAUCCACGCUCAACGAAUCGACGCGACUCGACCAAUGAGCCGAGCGAUCGCGCGCAUCGUAACCUCCCAUUUACCCUCCCGACCCCCUUAACAGCGUCUCAACUGAUGUUUUUAUUUAUUACAUCUGUGACUGGGUAGUGGAAAUACUCCCAACUCGACCGAGCCGAGAGCGUUUGCCACUUUGAGAGAAGGAACGAGAGUCUCGUUCUCUCUGCUGCUGCUGCUGCUGCUGCUGCGUUCCUUGUGUGUUGCGUUUACUACUAUCCGGAUCGCGGGCACGUCUCGUCCACCAAACUACCACCACUACCAUCACCAUCAACGCCGCCGCCACCGCCACCACCACCACCACCACCACCAUCACUAUCCGACUUACCACCACCACCACCACCCCUCUCUCACAUCGCGCUCACUGUAGUUUUACUUCGUUUGGUGUUGUCGCACGAGACGUUUCCCGUGUUUCGUUCGCGUUCCGCGUGCUUUUACCAACUCACUUUUAUAUACUAUUUAACCAAUCGAAUGUCGUGAUUAGGAUUGAUCCUCGCGAGCGUUUCCCCUAAACAUUGACUCCCGCGUUUCGAACGGAGAUUCAACAUAUUUUCGAGCCAAGUGUAGUGUUUAAAGAUUCUUGCUUCAAAGACGACGCAAUUACGAAUCUUGUCAUCGUGAUAUCCGUCAUUGGCCCUAUCGUAUGUCCGACCUUAAAGCCUAUUUAUUUAUUCCAUUAAUCCACGGGAUUAUCCAAACAAAAAAAAGAAAAAAAAGUAUUGACGAAUUCUGUGAUGUCCUAGAAUAAAUGAAAAAUCAUCAAUAUUUACGAUGAAAAUUUGCUCCAACGAAUCGCGUAUACACGAAUGACAGUUUAUACGCGCAGUUGUCAAGAAGUGAAGUUUAUACUUGUACGCUGUACGACUGGCGCGCGCGUGUUAACAACGACAGCUGGGUUUUUAGCGUGUAUACUACAGAGUGAGAGUGAACAUUUCGGGGUGUUUUUUUUGAAGGUGUGUGUUGCUCGUGGUGUAGGAACAUACGAGGAGUGAUCGAUCGUUUUGAUCGAAUAUUUGAAUCGGGCUUUACAAGGGAUUCGGCUCGGGUCGGAGGUUUCGACGGAUGAACAUUGUGUCGCGUUGACAGCUCGAUUGAGCGAACAGAGUUGUGGAACGAUAUGAUUUUGGAGUAAUUUGGAAAUCGGUAGUCCAUCAGACCGCGUUAUAACGACGCUGGUCUCGAUCGGAGAGCCAACGGACACGGCGGGGCCAACGGAGAAUACGAUAUCUCGUGACAAAGGUAAAACAACAGGCAACGCCACGGACCUGCUUGAGAGGUUCGAGGUGCUAGACCUUAGGCGUUUCGCACACUCGAUGGAUCACGGAGCGAUGGAUAGUUCCUCCGAUCACAGCAGUCGUGCCAGUCCCGUAACCGGCAGUCCCAAGCACCCGCACAGUCCGUUGGCACAGCAGCUCAGUCAGCAGCAGCAGCAGCAACAUCAGCAGCAUCACAGCUCGCAUCAACCGCCACCUUCUCAUCAGCAGAGUCAUCCGCGUGAUCAGUUGCGCGAGCUCCAAGCACAGCAGGCACAACUCCGGGGUGUACCGACCCCUGGUUCCCCAACGAGAGGUUCACCGCCUCAAGUUUUGCCGCUGACUCCACCACCGCUCUCGGCCGGAGGGGGUCCAGGUGGGCUCCCAGGUAUGGUCCCUCGUAUGCCCGGUCUGCCGCCCCCGGAGUUGCGACUUCUUGGUCAACUCGGCGGCAUGCUCAGUGCUCACCAUGGCUCGCCUCUCGAACUCAUGGCAGCUCAUCACGGCGUAUUACCGCCAAGGUCUUACAACAGUCCACCUCCGAUAAGCUCGAGCGAUCCGACCGCCAACGAAUGCAAGCUCGUUGAUUAUCGCGGACAAAAAGUCGCGGCUUUCAUCAUCGCUGGCGACACGAUGCUAUGCCUCCCGCAAGCUUUUGAACUAUUUCUCAAACACUUGGUCGGCGGUCUUCACACCGUUUACACGAAACUCAAGAGACUCGAUAUCGUACCUCUCGUAUGCAACGUCGAACAGGUCAGAAUUCUCCGUGGUCUCGGUGCCAUACAACCCGGUGUUAACCGAUGCAAGUUGCUCAGCUGCAAGGACUUCGAUGUACUGUACAGGGACUGCACAACAGCCAGCUCCAGGCCAGGAAGACCCCCGAAGAGAGCCUCCGUUGGUUUGAGCCUCGCAGCGAGUCAUCUAGCAGCUGCAGCCGGACACCAUCCCCAACAUUCUCUCAAAAAGCAUCGUAUGGAUAACGGUGACUACUACGAGAAUGGUCAUCUCGGUGAGUAUGUCGCACGAAUGGAGAAAUCGCCCCUCCUCGCCAACGGUUACAAUCAACCACCGACCCAUCUGAGUCACAUGCAGUAUAUGCAACUCGGUGGUCAUCCUGGAGCUGGACACACGGCGAUACUUUCACCGGCUAGCCUGCCACAUCAUCUGCAAGCUCAGGUUCAAGCACGGGUCGAACAAGGCCUCAAAGUCAAUCCAAACAUGAACAUGGAGGCUCUUGCGAGAUCGGGACACGUAUGGGAAAACUGCCGAGCAGCCUACGAGGACAUCGUAAAGCACCUUGAAAGGUUGAGGGAAGAGAGGGGGGACGCGGACAGAGCAAUGGCGCUGGAUCACAAACCGAGAGACCUGAGUUCGCACAAUGGCUCCUCAAACGCACACAGUCCAGUUCUGAACCUCUCAAAAACAGCGGGCAGCGGAAGCGUAGGCGAGCACUCGGGAAGCGAAGGAGCUGCGUCGCAUCGUUCGCACGACGACGAAGAGGAAGAUGACAAUUUAUCGGACGACAUGGACGACGAGAACGAGAAGGACGAAGAUCUCUCGGACGUACCAGAGAAUCUUCCGCUACCGGCGCCAGGCUCGGAAAGUCCUCAAGCACUGAAUUACUCGCAGAUUGCGUCGGCGGCGGUUGCGGUAUCUCAGGGUGGUCAGGAUCCCUCGGUAUCGAGUACCGAGACCCUGCUGAGGAAUAUACAAGGUCUUUUGAAGGUUGCGGCUGACAACGCGCGACAGCAGGAGAGGCAAAUCAACUACGAGAAAGCUGAGCUCAAAAUGGACGUCCUUCGAGAGCGGGAAGUCAAGGACAGCCUCGAGAGACAAUUACAAGACGAACAAAAGACCCGUGUGUUGUACCAGAAACGCUUGAAGAAGGAACGUCGGGCGCGAAAACGUCUUCAGGAACAACUGGACCUCGAGACGAAGAGGCGAGUGCAGUUAGAAGACGCGUUGAAGGCAACGGGCGCGUCGUCCGAGCAAGUCCGAGCAAUCGCUGAAAACGUUAAAGCGGAAGCGCGCACGAGCACGGAAGCGACGGAUGAGAGCCCGGUGCACUCGCAAUCCCAACAGUCCCAGCCACAGCAGUCCCAACAACAGCAACAGCAACAGUCGUCGCAACAACAAUCAUCGCAGCAACAAUCGUCGCAGCAACAAUCGUCCCACCAACAACAACAGGCGCAACAGUACCGUGAGUCACAAGUGCCACGUACGCCACAACAACCGUCGCCACCCGACGCUAUAAAACCGGGUUGGGGAUACGGUCUCGAUCUCAUCGGUGGUCAGGCAUCGGCAUUCUGGCAAAACUAUCAAGAAUCGCUGGUCCAGGAGCUGGAGCAGGAAAGAAAAUCGCGGCAACACCAGGCAACUGAGAGGGAACAGGUCAAGUCUCCCCUUCAAGAAUCGCGGACGGGAUACUACAAGAAUUCGGUGUUAUUUACGAGUGCGACCUAGAGAAGAAUAAACGAGGAUUCGCGAUCGGAUGACGAACAAUCGGACGGUGGAAAAUCGUCCGGUACAAAAACGUUGGCUGAGAUGUCAUCGGAAGCCGAAAAUGCACCAAAGGUUCUCGGCUCUAUUGGUCAAGGCACCUGAAUUUCGCGUUUGACUCUCAAACUUCGAAGACUCGUCGGAUAUGGUUACAGAAGAAGAGAGCCGAGUGAGAGGAAUCACGACAUCUCGGGAUACGACGAAAGAGGCUGCGAAUCCGAAACGUACAAGAAUAAACAAACUUGUACGCGUGUAAAUUUUAUUAUUAAUACACUCAAGGGGAAACCCGAAAAAAAAUAACCUCCGUAUGAAUGAUGAGAAGGAGUGAAAUAACAAAAUUGAUUAAAAUAUAUCCUAGCGUGAUCCACGAUAUCGGUAAAAUGUACAGAACCAAUAAUGAGUGAGUCAAGAAAAUCCAUUCGAGUUAAAGUAUUUGUAGAUGAAUGAAUAAUUAUAAAUAUUCAAUCAUUUUAUUGAAUAUGAAUCGCGUCAAAUUCUUUACCUCUGAAGGUGACAGCGAAGUAUUGAGAAAAAAAGAGUCGAUUGUGAAACGAGAAGGGGGAAAAAAAUUCUAUAAAUAUAUAAAUAUAUAUAUAAAUAAACUUAUAAAUAAAUAUAUGUCUUUGUAUAAAUAAAAAUAAAUGAAAGACAUAUCAAAAAAUAAGCGCGAUGAGGAACCGUUGUCGCGAGCUUUGGGGUAGAGAAAAUUUCGCGAUCGUUUCGUAUCUCGUUCGUGCGAGUUUAUAAAGUAAGUCGGACACGAGAAAACAAAAUAUAAGGAAUAAAAAUAACGAUCUGCGCGAGGCUAGUCCAUCUCGUAUCACGCGAUGAAAGAAACCAUGAAAAAAUCAUUUCACCUGAGAUUUUUAAAAACACGUGAAAUCAGUAUAAAUAUUAAGUUAGGAAUAGAAAAUAUGAGAAAAAGAAACAACAGUGUUUUCGAGAGAAACAAAAGAGUGAUAAAAGAGGACAAAAAAUAAUGAGCCAGAGAGAGAGAGAGAGAGAGAGAGAGAGAGAGAGAGAGAGAGAGAGCGACACAAUGAGAAAAAGGGAGAGGAAGAGAGAGAGAGAGACAGAGAGAGAACGAGAGAGAAAGUAAGAAAAUUAGGAAGAAAAUGAUGAAAAAGAGAGAUAUAAUUUAUAAAGACUGCUUGUGAAUGCGUGUCGUGAAUGGAUGCGUUCCUAUAGACAUUAAAUAAACAAAAUAAUAUCCUAAUAUCGAUCGUGAUUAAGUAGGUAAUCGAUAAGAAAGCGCGUUCACUAGUAUAACGGCUAGAAAGAGAGAGAACGAGAGAGAGAGAGAGACGUGUGCCAUUCGCGCUCGUUUGAUCGCAAGACAAAAAUUGAAAAAUAAUACGAAAUAAAAACUUGACAAAAAAAAGUAAUAAGACGUUUUAUAUAUGAUGGGAAAGUAAUCCGUGAUAACAGUGAUUUUUCUUCAUAAAUAACACGCGUCCGAGAAAAAAAGUAAAUUUUAAAAGUUGAAAUAUAAUAAUAAUAGUGACGAUCGAGCCGGGUACUGAGCUUUCCAUAAUUUCAAAUAAACAAUUUAUUCGUUCACUCAAUUGAUGAUUACAUCCAAAGAAAAUUAGGAUUCCAGGCACUCUACGACAAAUUGGCCAAAAGUCGACAGAAGCUUUGUUUCGUUUGCAUAUUAAAAAACAGAAAAUACUGAAACAAUUCAAGAUUCUAAUAGUGCAAAGGGGGAAAAGAAAACCGUGAGAAAAUUCUCGAAUACCGCGGCUCGUUCACUGUAUCAUACGUAGAACUGACGAAAAGCAAAGAUAAACGAAAGCAAAAGGAAGAAGAAAAAAAAAGCGAUGAAAAAAAGCAACAUAAAUCCCAGUAGCCUCUUGAAUCUAACACCUCUAUUUAUAUAAAUAAACUAAGCUAUUACCCGGAAGAAAUGACUAAAUUUUAAUCCAUAACGCGAGUGUGUACGGGUAUGAGUGGAAAUUGAGCUGCGUGAGCGUGUGCGUGUUCCGGCGUUAAAUAGUUGCGUCAUUCGGCGUGUGCGCUGAAGUGUAUUUCCAAGCGAGAGGAUUUUUCUUCAGUCACAGAGAUUCACACUGUUGUUUUUCUGUAGACCCACAAAUGUAUAAUCGCGGUGUCGUGGGAAAAUUCGAAUUUUCCUAUUUCCAUAAAGACACACACACACACACACGCAUACACUCACACACAACAUGUAUGUACAUAUAAUGUCUUCGUCGUACUAUAUAGCGCCGCUUAUACGGGAGAAUUACGGUGAAGAAUUCUCGCGAGGAAACAUAUUUCAUCGGUCACGCGAGAGACGUACUCGAGAUCCAUGUACAAAGCCUUUUGAACAAGAAGAGAAGGAUGAAAAGAAAAACUUCGAACCGUGAAAGACGGUCUUGUGUUGUAAAGUUCACAUAAUCGUAGUGUCUAGGUAAAAGGCUAAGACUAUUACAAAAACAACAACAACAACAGUAAUAGUAACAACAAUAAACAUUGAAAUCAAAAACACACACACACGAGAAGACAGCAACGCGGACGGACGGACGGACGGACGGAAAAGUGGACACAGACACGAACCCAUGCACAUGAACCUUCGCGGACACACGUACAGGAAACACUAGAAAUAUAAAGUUGAAUAAUGCAAGAUUCAACUCCGAGGAUGCGUAGACGAAUUUGUAUUUGACAGUCGCCGAUAAACACACCUGAGGAAUUUAAGUCGUCCUAUAUUUCGUAUAUGAAUUUCAUUUUUUAUUCGUCGAAAAAAAUGAUUUAUAUAUACGUCUUUUGAAGGAUACUCGAAAAUGCAUGCAACUUCAUGCGUAUACGUAUACGUCGUGUGCGUGUGUGUGUAUGCGCGUAUGUAUGUGUGCGAAUGCGUGCAAGUGUAUAUAUAUACAUGCAUACGAAUAUAGAUAGACGAUCGAGUGUGUACAUGACAUGGGCAUAAGUCAACUCUCGUAUAUCGAUGAUGAGAAAAAAAACCGUAAAAAAUCUCAUCGGUUACGAAAUAAAUACAACAUGAGGAAACAAAUGGAGAUGAAGUAAUGGAGCGAAUAACAAGUGUGUCUAUAGUUGCCUGAUCAAGGCCCCACCCGCACGCCACACCGAACUCAUACAAUCUUAAUAUCGAGGCAAGAAGUGUAUUCAUGUAAUUCAGCAUUACUACGUAUGAAAUAAAUAGUUGUUAUUGUAAGAA